UUUGUAUUACACACACGCCGUACCCUACUGUCUAGAUUGUAAGUGUGAUAAUUCCCCCAGGUCUCAGGACUCAGAGACGCGGUGGUCACAGUCACGCCAAGUUCAUGUCGUUAAUUCAUUCAUUUAAAUUUUAAAUUAAACGAUUUAAUAAUAAAUAAAAUAUUUAUUAUUUACUAAUUAAUAAAUUACACAAGUGCAUAAUAAAUAUAAAGUGAUUAAAGGUUAAGAAAAAGAGUGAAAAUGUCUACGAAGUCAAGCAAAAAAUCAACGGCAUCGUCAUCAGCGGCGUCUUCGAGUAUCAACACCUCGAGUGUCCAAUCCCCGCAGCCGAGUACGUCGACGCCGAUCGGCCGGCGCCCAGGAAGUCCUCUAAGCCCAACACGUUACUCACGUCUACAGGAAAAACAGGACCUACAGAAUCUAAAUGACCGCCUUGCCUGUUACAUCGAGAAGGUCCGUCAUCUUGAAUCGGAAAAUUCUCGUCUCAGCCGAGAAGUCCAGACUUCUCAGGAAAUCGUUACACGAGAAGUUUCAAACAUCAAGUCCAUGUACGAGCAUGAACUUUCCGAUGCCAGAAAACUUCUAGAUGAAACUGCUAAGGAACGAGCGAAACUUGAGAUCGACACCAAGCGCCUGUGGGAUGACAACGAGGACCUCAAGGCAAAAUUGGAAAAAAAAAUUAAGGAUCUCCAAAUUUCUGAACGUAAUGCAAUCCUCUAUGAGACGAGAUACAAUGACCUGCAGUCGCAGUACAAUCAGAUUCAAGCUGAACGUAAAAAACACCAAGAGCAUGAGCGUGAGUUGGAAAAAGAAGUCGAACGUUUGAAGGGGCUAUUGGAUGACGCCCGUAAACAUCUGGAAGAAGAGACACUUCAGCGAAUCGAUUUGGAAAAUAAUAUUCAGAGUAUGAAAGAGGAUAUCAGCUUCAAGGAUCAAAUAUUCCAGCAGGAGUUAACGGAAACUCGUAGCCGUCGUCAAGUUGAGAUUUCAGAAAUCGAUGGCAGACUUGCUGAACAAUAUGAGGCUAAAUUACAGCAAUCAUUACAAGAACUACGUGACCAGUAUGAGGCUCAAAUGAGAGCAAAUCGUGAAGAAAUAGAACUUCUGUAUGAAAACAAAAUUAAAAAUUUAACAUCACAUGCUCAGCGUAAUUCUGGAGCUGCCAGUGUCGCUGUCGAAGAGCUUCGUCAAACAAGGACACGAAUCGAUGUGCUGAACCAACGUAUAACAGAACUCGAGACAAUGAAUAACAAUCUCAACACACGGAUAAGAGAAUUAGAGAACUUGCGGGAGAGUGAACGAGCUAAGCAUGCCGAGGGAUUGGCAAGUCUUGAAGCUGAAUUAGCACGCAUGCGAGAUGAAAUGGCUCAGCAACUGCAAGAGUAUCAAGAUCUUAUGGACAUUAAAGUUGGAUUGGACUUGGAAAUAGCUGCUUACAGGAAGUUACUGGAGUCUGAAGAAGUCAGGCUCAAUAUUACACCAAUGCACGGCUCAAUGUCGACCUCUACGUCAAGCAGAAGUACUCCGUCACGUUACACUCCAGUCAGAGGAGGUAAACGUAAGAGAACUUUGAUGGAGGAAAGUGAGGAACGCAGUACUAGUGACUACAGUGUACUAUCAUCAGCACGUGGUGAUAUUGAAAUUACUGAAGCUGAUCCUCAGGGUCGGUUUGUUAAGCUUACCAACAAAGGAAAUAAGGAAAUUUCAUUGAGUGGUUGGCAAUUAGUACGCAAAGCAGAAUCACACGAGACAGUUUUUAAAUUUCAUCGUACAGCUAAAUUAGAAGGAGGUGCUCAUGUCCUGGUAUGGUCAUCAGAUAUCGGAGCUACACAUGAGCCACCAUCAAAUAUUGUUAUGAAAGGGCAAAAGUGGUUUGUUGGAGAUACUAUGACUACUAAUCUUCUUAAUAAUGAGGGAGAGGAAAUGGCAACUUCUGAACGUAAAAGACAGCAACUGUCAACUACAAUGUCACGACACCGAGAAAUGGGGUUUAGAUCAUCGGAGGAAAUGCAUCAGCAGAAACGUUUUCUUUUCCUAUAAUUGAGAGGAAGUACAGCUCUAAUAUGAUGGAUAGACAAUGGUGAUCCCCAAGGUCCAGAAGAACGUUGUCGCCUUAUGUGAGCCUAAGAUCUGUCAAAAUUUAUGAUUUAUAAAAAAAAAUAAUAAUAAGAGAGUUUUAAUUAAGCAUAUAUAGGAUUAUCGAGUUAAUGCUGCAAAAGUCAGAGAUUAAUAUAAAAAUGUAUCAUUAAAUUGAUCAUAAUGACAAAAAAUAAUUAAAAAAUCAAGACUUUGUAAUCUCAAUAGAACUUUUUUUUUUUUCAUAAAUUAGAGUAAUUUAUGGCAACAAAAUUAUAAAAAUUAUAGUUUGAUUAAUUAAAUCAAAUUAAUUAUUUAUUUAUAAUUUUUUCACAUCACUAAUAUUAUUAGUUUGUAAUUAUUAAGAUUUUUCAUGAGUUUAUUGCUUAUUUUUUUUGUUUGAUUGUCUAAAAAAUUUUUUUUAAUUUAAUGCUUUUAUUUAAUUGCUUUAAUAAUUUUUUUUAAGUUUAAUUAAUAACUGGUCAUAAAAAAAAAAUUCCAUUAACAUUUUUUAUUUGGUGUAAUAUUUAAAUUUAAAAAAAUAUUCAAGAAAUGAACGCGUUGAAAUUUAAAAGAUCAAAAAUUAAUUAGUACAAUUAAUACCUGCCAUAGUAUAAAAUUAAAAUUUUUUCAAUUUAAAAUAAAUUAUAAAUUUAACAAUAAUGUAAAUUGCCUUAAAUAUUUUCAGUAAUAAAAAUGAACGGAAUUAUGAUAAUUAUCAAAGUUGUGAUGAUUUACUUUCAUUUAAAUGAUAAUUCAUAAUAGUAAAUAACUACCUAGACUUAAUGGAUAAAUAAAAAUAUGACAGUUUAAAAAUUGUUGAUAUCUUUUGCGGCAUCGACGUGAAUCCAAAAAUAAUAAAUAAAUAAAACUAAGAAAAAAUAAAUAAAUUUAUAUUUAUAUAAAGUAGAAUACUGUAUAAAUAUUCAUUCCGGAUAAUUAAAAAAAAAAUAACAUAUUUUCAUUUAACUAAUCAUUUAAAUUUAAAUUAUUUAUAAAUUGUAAUUUCAAAUUUGUAAUGAAAAUAUUUAAAAAAAAGUAACACGUAAUUUUAAUUAUUAUUAAAUAUAAUUAACGUGUAAUUUUUAUUAUAAUGAUGAAUAUAUAUUUAAAUAAAAAUAAUAAAAUAUA